UUCAUUUAUUGUUUAAUUCAUUUCAGCAUAGAGAUUUUCUGGAUAUUAAAACAUCUUUCUGUGGGAUUAGGCUGAUUAUAACCCUCAAUGUCUUCAUACUUCGUAAAUAUAUUUGUCAUCACUUUCUCAAAUGAUUAUAGAUUAAAGACUUAAUUUGUGUUCCUUCUCCUGGGCCUAGCAUCAUGAAACACCCUUGUAUUGUAUUCCGUUCCAACCAAAUUACACAGAAACCGUAAGUAGGAUUUACAGCCCUGAUGUCUCCAACUUCCAACCUCUUAGCUUGCCUAAACGGCUGCAUGAUCCAAACGCUCUCUAAUUGUGAUAAGAGCAGAGCAAAGUCCCCCCACUUCCUCAUCAUGUAGACUCCUACGAAACCCGAAAUUCCAUGUCAAUGGAAAGGAAAGAGAAUCAACACACAUACUAGCCGUGGAAUUAUUGUGUGAUCAGAAUUUAAUAGCUGAUAAGUCUUUCCAACUUUAGCAACCUCUAAAGAAGUUUUCUCAAGGAUGAAGAUAGCCCCGGGUCCUUUCUUGGAGUUAUGGUCUACUGAGGUAAUUGGAAUACCCUCAAGUUCAAUUGGGUUACCCCCUUCGUUUCCAUUACUCUGAGAAACAAUCAUAGCUCUCUUGUUGAUGCCCGCUGGCUACAAAGCCUCUGUUUCUUCUGCUCUGUCAUAUACUGCCCUCUUCUUUCGCUUCUUUCCCUUCACUGCAUAUGGCCUCAACCAUCUCCGUAGCUUGCAGUCACCAUUUUUUAUCCUCAACAGCAACCUCAAUCUCUGCAAGCCUUGGCAUGCAUCGAGUCCUCAACAAUCUCAAUCUCUCCAGACGUCACAACGCUGGCGCUCUUUUGACUACAGUUCAGGAUUAGAUCGUUUGCCUUUGCUUGGUAAUGGUUCCCAUGAUGAAAAAAGCAGCCAUGACGAUCAACACUACUGGGAAACUGGCUCUAAUGAUUCCAGCCUCGGUGACUAUGACGAGCAGAUUAAUGUGGCAAGCGUACCGUUUCAGGGCUCUGUUGAUUCCAAUCCGAGUGUGUCUCCUUUAGCUUCCAUUAGUGCCCGUGUGUUAAACUUAUUUCCUCAGGGAUCUGAUGACUUCAAUCCUCGCGUUAGCACUGACUAUGACGACUCGGGCACUCUAGCAAGUGCAGUGGGCCCUUCCGGUUCAAAUCCUCCUGGGUCUGUUGCUAUUAACAUUGGCUUGCAGGUUGAAAAUAAUGAUCCACAUCACAGGACAAGGGUAACUGCCUUAGAGUUGACCUUUAUGCUCGUUGGUUUCAACCUAGAAAUAUUGUCAGCCGGUUUCGAUCAGAUUUCCUCCACAAGUAAGCCUCGUUAUGCACUGACCAGUUUGCUGUUGGCCGUUGCGGGUGUGUUUACUUGCAUCUGGGAGCUCAUUUAUAAUGUUAUAAAGGAGAGAGAUGCAUCUCCGAAUAGCACGGUUUUUGGUACGUUGCCUGACAUUUUCGGAUUGGGACUUGCCGUGAUUCAAUGUGUUUGCUCGGCAGUGCAGUAUUAUUUCCUCCAUCAUCAUCAUAGUAAUCCAAUGAAACUGUCCCCUGUGCCUGUCUUUUUCUUCACCUGUUUGGUGGUUUUGAAAUUAAAAGGAAACUAGGGCCACACUGUUGUAUUCAGCCACAUUAUAUGGUUCAUGAGUUCUGAACUUCUGAAUGUAUAACUAAAUUAUGAAAUUGCCCAAAAAUUAGACAAUGUUGCACAUUCAUUUUUAUAUCCAACUAUUUGGUCGCA